CAUAUUAAAUAAGCUUUUAUGAAUAUGAGGAUUAACCAGAAUUAUAAUUAAACUGAUGAUAAUAACACAUGAACAAAUAAAACAAACUCAGGAAGGAUGUGAUGGACAGUGAAAGCAUUAGGACAGCAGCUGCAAAACAACAUGAAAAACAUUUUUGAUUAACCAACACACAAAAGGUUGUUAUCAAUGUCACACAAAUAAAGACUUCAGGAAGCUGCACAGCCAGUCUCUGCAGCCAGCUGCUGUCCAACAAGAAACACUGACUCAAAACAGACAAUGACUAGUUGCAGAGUUCUGGAAACUAGUUAUAGAGGUGAGUGACUAGAAAUUUUUGGACACUAGUUACAGAGGUUUGGAGACUUGUUGCAGUAGCUUACUCUUCUUAAGUUCAAUAUAACUUGAUUUUCUGAGAACUUCAGCCUGGAACCAGAACAAAGUGACUCUUCAUUUUCACUAACUCAACUCAAUUCAACUUAUUCUCCGAAAGAUUAACUAAAGAUAGUUCUACUAUGUUGCAAAAGCAUAGAUGAACAUUCAGCCUCAUUCCUGAGACCUGCGUCAGUAAAGUGAGCAGCUCUGUCCACAUCGUUAAGGCCUAACUGUGUCAGCCAGUGACGUGUUGAGGUUGUGAACAGGAAGUGAAGCUGAAGGCGUCGCUCUGCUGCUCAGACUGACAUUCAGUCGUCAUCCAGACAACAUGAAGACCCCGUCUGUGUCUCUGCUCCUCGGUGUGUCUGUGCUGCUGCUGUCUGGACUGACUGUUUCUGCAGUCUCUCUGAAUGUCAGUCCAAACCGUCUCCAGUUCUUUAUAGAAGAGUCCUGUCUCUCUGAGAUGUGAGGGACAGGUGGUCUCUGAUGGACAGACAGUAAAGAGGACCAGAGGAGGACAGACUGAGGACUGUGGACCAGCUGGUUCAGGAUUUGGGAGGUUUGAUGGUUCCUCCUGUAUCAUGUCAUAUCUGUCCUCAUCAGACUCUGGAGGUUACUGGUGUGAAGACAGAGCUGAUCAGAUCAACAUCACAGUAUCAGGUGUUCCAGUUAUUCUGGAGAUCCCUGCACUUCCUGUGAUGACAGGAAGUGAUGUCACUCUGCGCUGUAGAGACAAAGCUCACGUCAGAUUCAAGGCUUUUUUCUUCAGGGAUGGUGUCCUCCUUGGAUCUGGACCUGAUGGAGAACUCACCCUCAGUAAAGUCCAACAGUCUCAUGAAGGUCUCUACUGGUGUUCUACUGAUCUGCAUGGAUCAUCUCCUCAGAGCAGACUGAGGGUCAGAGCUCCUCCUCCUCCUCCUCCUCCUCCUCCUCCUUCCACCACCACACCCUACACAUCUCCUCCUCUUCCUCCCCCUCCUCCCUCCUCCCUCCUGGUCCAAGUCGUAGCAGCUCUGGGUUCUGUGGUUCUUCUGGUUCUGGUUGUAGUUCUGUUCCUGUGGAGGAGAAGAGGAAGCAGUCAUUCGUCUCCUACAGAUGAGGUCGUCUACACUGAGGUCACCAGCAGACAGUCAGCCAAUAAGAGAGGUCCUGACGAGGUCCUUUAUACUCAGGUUGUCAUCAGACCUCAGAGGACGACAGGUGUGAGGACAGGAAGCUGAGCAGCUGGACUGGACUGGACCUGAUCUCAGAUCUCCUCUGAGCCUAAAUGAAGACGUGGUCCCUGUCCUGAUCCCUCUGGUCCAGACAGACUGAGCUGGUCUGAUGGUCACAGCCUCUGUGCUGAGCUGAGUCUCUGAGAGACCUGGUCCAUGUUCAAUAAAGUUCACUUUUCACACCUGGAA